ACACACACACACACACACUCUCUCUCUCUCUCUCUCUCUCUCUCUCUUUGGGUGUCACCGCCAUUCAGCCAGCGUUGCUCGACUUUAUCACAGGUGCACAGCAUGUCGGUGGCCUUGUACAACACAGCCGGUCACAUUGUGGACCGAGUGCUGGCUUGCCGGGGCUCGGCCAAAUCCCUAUGCUUGGCCUCCAAAUACGACCGCAAGAAAGCUCUCUUUGCCCUGGUUUGCGAAACCCUCAAAUAUUCCGAGAUCCUCCUGCCUCUAGCGCGUGACCUUCAAGGUACUCUUGGAGAUCAGUGGACGCAAGGCACGCUGCUUUGCCUUGUCCACGAUGCCUGUAUCAAGGGACGUCUCCGUUGCGGCGGAAAGAUCAAGUUUAUUUUGCGUGAGCACAAGCCAGCCUUGGAUCAGCAUUUAAGUCGGAUCCUGGCGGAACGUGGCGUCAAGAAAAUCCAAGACCUUGUUCCCUCCGAAAGCCUUGCUGAGCGGCAGCUACGCUUCCUUCGCGUAAAUACACUGCGCGCCCAAACAGCUGACGUCGUGCGCGACCUUGAGACCGAGGGCUGGCAACGGCUGAGCGCCAGCACGCAUGUCGAACUGUUUCGUCUCCAAGGCCGACAGUUUGCCUGUGACCCAGACAUUCCUGACCUCCUCGCCUUCCCCGCCAAGACCGACCUGCAUGACCAUCCCCUCUACUUGACGGGUCGCCUCAUUUUUCAGGACAAGGUUUGA